AUGGACCCCAUUGAGCCGGGAACUUCAAUCAAACCAGAGGAUAUCUCAGAGGAUAUUGGUACUGAGGUCUUCGCAGAUGAAUCUAUAAACCUCGAUGACGAUGAUAAUAAGGUGUGGCUGAUAAAGAUUCCUAAAUUCCUCAAAGAACGCUGGGAGAAAGUUGAGCAAGAUGCUUUGGAGUUGGGUACUCUACGCGUCUACAACGACAACUCUGUAAAAGUUAUUCUACCUCCAGAACAUACAGAUCAAAUCACUCAAGACCUUCCCAGAGAAUACACUCUCAAUGUACACAAACAUUCUAGCGAGAAUAAUUACAUAUUCGCUGAAAAAGAUGGUGAUAUUACACCACAGCAAUCUCAACUCGCUGCUUCUGGCGCUUUUUCCCGUGUCAAUCACCCAAUACAUACGCGUUUAUCCGGUAGGAUUCACCACGAAGGUGCUCUUAUCCCAGAUCUCAAUGACAGCUACAAAAGUAUUAUGAAAGCUAGACAUAUUUCUGCUUCACAGCCAAAACGUACUGCUAAGAUUCUCGAACCACAAGAUACAAAACUACAGCAUGGAUUCAACACUGCCUCUCGUUUCUCCUCCUUCGUUAAAACCGAUAAAGGCAAGAAAGCUGGUGCUCAAUUUGAACGCGCUGCUCGUAUGCCCAAGAAUGAACUACUUGACCUCCUCUUUAGCCUGUUUGAGAGGAAUAAAUAUUGGAAUAUGCGCGAUUUGCGUGCUAGAACUCAGCAGCCACUUACUUAUCUCAAGGAAACUCUCAUGACUAUAGCACAUUUAGCUAACAAAGGCCCUUAUCAUGGUCAUUGGUAUUUGCAGGAUGUCUAUCAGAGAGAACACCACGAUAAGGUCAAACAGCACGCAGAAUUUGAACGAGAAGCUAGACAGAAUGAUGACGAUGAUGAUGAUGUUAUGGAUGACAAUAAUGAUAGCAAUGCAUAG